AUGGAAUCUAGCUGUGCGCAUCGUCUUCCAUUUGCUGGCGUCCGCGAGGAGACACCUCUCGAAACAUUCUUGGGCUGGACUGUGCAUUACAAUGAGGUCUACAGGGCUGCAACACGCGCACAGGAUCUCGAGUCCAUCGACGAGGACUCAAUCAUUGUAGCCGGCGCAGCGCAUGAUGCCGAUGGGACGACAGGCUUGGUGUUGGACACGUGCGCCUGUGGAAGAAGCAAAGCCGUGCUGCGGAACUGCCAGCGCUGGCAGCAGACUGAGCACAACGGCUUGAUUUGGUACUUGGAGCGUGGACGUGCUUUCGGUUUUGCUGACGAAGCGAUUCAGCGGCGCGGCGGGGCCGACGUUGCGGAGGGGCCAAGGAGGCUCUCCUGGCAUUUGGAUGGGCAAGGAGGCUACCGGGCUGGAUGGAUCGAGCACCUGAAUCAUGACACUUCCUGGCGAAAGUUGGUCUUGAAGAGAGAACGACCAGGUCUCAUCGCCUGCGGGCUGCAUGGUUUGUGGCAGUUGCCGGCGGAGGAGAUGGCAGCUUAUGGGAGCUGUGUGAGACUUCAGGGUGACGGCAUAGCAUCACAGCUUGUUCACAGCUCCCUUCUGCGGUGUCGCAGCCCUGCUCUCUUUCGUUUCGUCACAGAGCAGGGGGCUGUGCACCUCCCCGGCAUCACGAGCACUGGCUUGGAGGAUUUCGUGGCCUUCUUGUACACGGCACAACUGCCCUGGGACCGUCCGGGCCCCGAUGCAGAGGACUCCUUGGAGCAGCGGGUCUCCGAGCUCCGGCAUGUGGCAUCGGUGGCAGAGAUGGGUGCACUGGAGCGAGGCUGCCAUGGAUGGCUGGUCACUCUUGGCCACAUAUCGAGCAAGCCUCCGCCAGAAAAGUCUGCAGAAGCCUUGGAGACAGCAUCUUGGUCCAGCCACAAGGUUGCAGCGGGAGCUGUUGUGGGGCAGGGUCCUCCUGGCGCAGUGUUGGAAGAUGAUGUGGCAACCCUGGUGGAGGAACUGAGCGGUCCCGGUGGUCCCAAAGAAGACAUGGUCACUCUUGUACUUGGUCGCCGGGACGAUGCCUCCAGCGACUCGACUGCCGCUCCGCGUUUGGAAGCCCAUCGCCUCGUCCUCGGAGCCUGCAGCGGCUUCUUCGCCGCAGCGCUCUCGUCAGCUUUUCUGGAGCGCGACGGCAUCGUUCACCUCGGCUUCGUCGAGGAGCAGGGCUUAAGGGGUGAUGGGGCCAAUCUGGAGACUGCGAGGAGCGCCUUUCGCCGACUCAUACAUUUCCUCUACACGGGGAAGCUUGAUGUCGAUGCGGCCUGUGCAGUUGACCUUCUCGCCCUCCUUCAAGGCAACUUCUUGCAGCUGGACGAAAGACACGUUGCCAGAGCUUGCGCCGCCUGUGAAGUCACAGCAUUGGCCGGGACGCUGCAGGAGUUGCCGGAAGUGACGCGGCGCGCUGAAGAGCUCGGCUUCGAUGAUCUAACGGCGGCGGCAUUGUCGCGGCUGGCGGAGCUGCUGUGCGAGAAGCAUGCUUGCCAAGCUUUUGCCGUCAAGGGAGCAACGGCGAAGCUCUCGCACAGCCUUCUGGUUGAUUUGGUGGCGCUUCUUGUGGAGAAAAGCCCCAUAUGCCAAGUUGCGAGAGUCGAAACGCUAUAA